GAUAACCCGUUUGAGCAUUUUUGUACUAACCUGUUUGUAGGCUGUGAUGACCUUAAUCCAACAAUUAUCAAUGGAAAGAUAAUAGCAGAAGAAAUAAGAACAGGAAUUGCAGCAGAGAUACGCCAGAUGAAAGAUGCAACUGGAAAAACCCCAGGUCUAGCUGUUGUGUUGGUGGGCAAGCGAAGAGAUUCACAAUCUUAUGUCCGUCAUAAAAUAAAGGAUUGUGAGGAAGUUGGAAUCAACUCUUUCCUGGAUGAGCUGCCUGAAGAUUGUCCACAAGAUGAUGUAGUAAAUGCUGUGUCAAACUUCAACAAAGAUCCAUCUGUUCACGGUAUUCUUGUGCAACUACCUUUACCAAAAGUAAUUUCUUUUUCUUUUGCUAUAAACUUACAAUGCUUGAAUAUUUUUACGCUUUAA